CUUUUUUUUUUUUUUUCCGCCGGAGCCGAGCGGGUGCUGCUAGCGGAGGCGCCAUAUUGGAAGAGACAAAACUCCGGCGACAGCGAGUGACACAAAUAAACCCCUGGACCCCCUCGCUCCCCCAGCUCUAAGGGCCGCGAUGUUGUACCUAGAGGACUAUCUGGAAAUGAUUGAGCAGCUUCCAAUGGACCUGAGGGAUCGCUUCACUGAGAUGCGCGAGAUGGACCUGCAGGUGCAGAAUGCAAUGGAUCAGCUAGAACAAAGAGUCAGUGAAUUCUUCAUGAAUGCAAAGAAAAAUAAGCCAGAGUGGCGAGAAGAACAAAUGGCAUCCAUCAAAAAGGAUUACUAUAAAGCUUUGGAAGAUGCAGACGAGAAGGUUCAGUUGGCAAACCAGAUAUAUGACUUGAGUUCACUGUCCACUUUUUGGUUUCUUUGUGGAAGAGAGAGAGUUCACAGUCAGUAAGUUAAAAACCUUACAUUUAGCCAUAUCUACGUCACUGUAAGAUUGUAGUUGAUGUUAGGGUUUUUUUGUAUUAAAAUAGAUGUUUAACUUUAUUUUACUAAUUUUUAUCUUCUUAAGGUAGCGUGUUUACUUGUCUGAUAAAUCAUCUUGAGAUUGUUUCUGUGGCAGAACACACCUAGGGGAUUGUCCUGACAGUUCCUGGUAGUCUGAUUAAAAUGAAAAAGGGACUUAUUUGAAUCUGUUAAUAGAUAGUACUCAGCUGUCUAUUAAGUGAUAUUCAGUAGAUAGCACUCCAGCAACUGGCACAUGUGGCAAAACUGGGAAAUACAAGAUUAAAUAAACUUAAAAUUGUUUUUCUUUUUUUUUAACAGUAGCAGCAGCACUUCUUAAUGAUUGAAAUCACUAAGAAGAUAGAUAUAUGCAAUAUUUCUCAGGCUGUUGUAAUUAUAGUCUUUUUUUUUUUUUUUUUAAUGUACAGCAUCUCCCAAAGUUUAUGUUUUAGGAAAUGCUCUUUUUUGGUUCUGCCUCAAAGCAAGUUAAAGCUGGAGACAAAUGCUUCCUUUUGAUUUGCUUUAGCAUAUUGAUUCGUAUCUUAUUUUUGUCUUGUCUGGGUACAGUUUUUUUAUUGAAUGGGUACAUGUUAAUAUAGGUGUCAUUGGUGAGCAAGACACAGAUAAAAGGUACAUACCCCAUACGCUAUGCAUUGUGAGUGCUAUACUAAACUAGAACGUAUAUGUUGUGUAAAACCACAGAAAUGGCUAAUUGCUUUGAUAUAGUGAAAAUAUUUUAAUGGCUAUAAAAACCUAGGCUCUUUUGUUCGUACAAUUACUCUAAAAACAGUUUCAUAAAAGACGCUGCCUAAAGACGGGUAGAGUGGGAUGGUGGCUUGAUUUAUGGUGGAAUAAACCCAAAUAAAGUUCUUAAUUGUUUUGGUCUUGAAUUAAGUCUAUAAACAUAGAGAAAGACAUUAUAUUUGAAUACAAGGCUAAUUUGUUUGGUAUCAUUCUUCCUCACAUAUAGUGACUAGUUGUCAAUCUUUAUUUAAAAACUACCUGCUUUUUAAACCAUGUAGCUCUUUGAUUCUAAUCUUUCAUUUCUAUUUUAUUUUACUACUUUUACACCUUUAUUAAAAGUAUUUCAUGCAUUUAGAAAAAGUAUAUAUAACAAACAUAUGCUUUUUAAAUGUGUGUAUGUAUCCGUCUCUUGUUUACAAACCGCACUGUUCAUCGACUCUGUACUUGGUGUAAUGGAGUUUUAUGUAGGUACAGUGGAGGAAUGAAGAGGAAAUGUUAUAAAUGCUCCUGACCUCAAGUUACCUAGUUGGGAAGAUGCCCACAGUAAAAUGGAGAGCCUGUUACAGAAACAUGUUAACAAAUAAAGAUGAAUACAUUUGGAUAUUAAGGGGAUCUGGUAAAGAUUGAACUAAAUCAAGCAGAGUUACUGUUGGCUUCUUAGAGGUAUGAGAUGAGUUUUGAACAGAAUUUAUUUAGAGCCUCAGGCGCCUGGAUUCAGCAUAGUAUUGAGGGGAAAGCAUUUUACUAAGAGGUCAUGGAAAAACAUAGAAUGAAAAUAAAAAUUCAGAGUUUUAUGAGGGAGAUGGAUUAUUUAGGCUAGAGAUUGAAGUAAUAAAAAGUGAUGUAACAAAGUGAAUGCAGUGUAAUGAAUGUGUUAAAAACCAAGGAUCCGUAAUGGACUCAUGCAGAUGUGAAUUCAGCCACUUCACUGACAGCAGGAAUUUGGAAAAUUGAUAUAAGCCUGGAACUUCAGUUUCCUUAUCUGUAAAAUCACAGAAUUGAUUUGUGCCUUCCAGUGCUCUCUGGGUCUCUUUCUCUCUUUCAACAGAGAGAGAUAGAAAUAGACAAAUAUAGGUACAUCUGUAUACAUAUAUACACAUAUCUACAUCUGUCUCUGUAUCACUUACCUACAUCUAUCUAGACACUCACACACACCCACACCCACCCACCUCAUAGUUUGGCAGAUAGUAGAUCCUCACUCUUUAAUAAACUCACUUCAUCUCAUUUCUCUAACAUGUUUUCUACUUUCCUGAAGCCACUGCAUCCCUUUCGGCUCUGCCAAAUUAAACCUGUUUUUUUUCCCCCCAUUCCCUCAUGAUUUAUUUCUAAGACUGCCUUUUGCUUUUUCUCUACUCUUUCCUGUCUCUGUCUCGUCCUUUCCCUCCCCUUUCCUUUCUUUUACUCUCUCCCGCCCCCUUUCUCCUUAUGUCUCAUUAAAUACUCAUUCCAGGUGACCAUGAUAUCCUUAUUAUAUAAUCCAUCCUUCUUGAGAUUUUAUGUUAAUUCAUCAUCCUCCCACCCUCGUGGCCUUUCUCAGUCUCCUUGGGUAUUGCUCAGAGUGGUUGGUGUUUGAAAGGGUUCUGUCCUUGACUUUUAUUGCUUGUUACUCUGUUCUCUUGGUUCUGUUGUAGAGGUAAUUUCCUCUCAUCUUCAUCCCCAGCUCCAGAGGCUGAUGAGACCAAAUGCCACCCUGUAAAGCGUUGUUCUGUCAAAUGCCAGUUUUCCCCUCGUCCCCACUCCCCACUCACCACCCAAGCUGAGAAGCAUGUUUCCAUUACUUUUCCAGGUGAACACUUAGCUUUAGCAAUUAUACGAUAAUUAUUCUUCAAGUUCAGACUUCUCAUUCAUCUUAUCUGAGAAUUGCUAGGCCCUGGAAGUCAUCGUGUUAACUCUUAGCUUCUUGUUUUACUUCUCUAACAUCAUUUCUCAUGAAUAAAUAAUUGUUAAAAUGUUAAAAAUCAAUUAUGCACCCUCAUUAAAUUCCUAUUGCAUUUAACAUAUGGAAGGUUAGAGUGCUCUGUGCUGCAGAGGUGAGUGGACAGGAUAUAGUGUAAGUGUCAAAAUACAAUAAUUUUUAUUUACAGAUCUUUUACCAAAUAAACAGUGGUACUUCUGUCUGUACAGUUCUACAUAGUGGGAGAGUAUAACUUUCACUCAUUCAGCAAAUAUUCAUAGAUCUCCAGAUAUGAAUGGUCACUGGUGCAAAAUGGGCAGUAAUGAUACAGCUGGACAGUGAAUAGGGCAAACUAUUAAAUAAAGAUUAUUGGAGACUUUGCUAAGUGCUAUGAAGGAAAUAAACAUUGUGGAAAGAGGGGGAAAGAGUGAAUAACCAGGGGAGGCUAUGAAGAGUCUGCUUAUCAGGAUAAGCAUAGUCCUAAGGAGGUGACCUCUGAGGUAGUUCUUGGAAGGUGAGAAAGAGCCAGCUAUGUGACAAGCUUAAGGAAGAACAUUUCAAGCAGAUGAUGGACCAAGUGCAGUGUCUUAGGUGGAAAAGGGACUGACAGAUUAAACCAGGAAAAAGGCCAGUGUGGUUGGUGUGUCAUGAAAAAGAAGAAGAGAGGUAUGAGAGGGACGUGCGAACCCGACACUUGCAGGGCUUGAAAGCCAGUGGAGCAGUGUUCUUACUUUCAGAGCAGUGGGAGGCCAGUGAAGGAUUUUAAACUGAGGCAUGGGAUACACUUUAGAGAAGACUGUAUGUAUGGCUUUGCCUAAGCAUAUUAUUAAGACAGUGUCAAGUAAGCAGGUAUUAUUUUUACAGCUUUUAAGAUGGAGCAUCUGAGUAUAAUUAAUUGUGUUUGAUUCUGCCUCUCAAUGUUUUCUAUAGCACAGUAUUUAAUUGUAUUCUUCUUUAUUAAAAUAGUUUAUUUACUUUUAAAACUGGUAGUAAAUAUUUUUAUUCCUGUGACCAGCACCGUACUACCUCAUUUAUUAAGGGAAAACAAAAGAGACCACAUAAAUAUCCACAAAUGAAGAAAUUUUGAAAUUAGACGUUUAUUGAAACAAACGAAGACUUUAAGUAGGCUUAGUGAAAUUUGACUAACAGAC